AUGUCCAGCUCCCCGCUGUCGAAGAAGCGCCGCGUCUCCGGGUCCGAGCCGCCGACGGGCUCCAGCCGCGCCCCUGACCCCGCCGGCCCCCCCAAGCCCCUCCCCCACCCACCUGGCAUGGCGAAGAACGGGGGCGAGGCCGAGAUCGAUGAGGGGCUCUACUCCCGCCAGCUUUGUGACCACGAGGACAGCGGUGACAUCCUCACAACCAUCCCUGGUGUCAUUUGGUCACAUACCCGGCUGUACUCAGGGCCGACUGUGGUGGUGUUGACCAACUCGUCGUUGGAGGAGCAACUCUGGGUCGGAGACUUCUGCCACGUCCAUGGGAUCAAGUUGGUGGUGGCCGACACCCGCGGGCUUUUCGGGUCCCCGGCUGUUUCCAUGGUGACCAAGGACCCGGCUGCUCGGGUGGGGGAAGGGGUGUCACCCGGCCGCCUGUGUCCCCUCACCCACCCAUGGGUGUCCCCCCCACCCACCCAGGGGUGCCCGGGGGAGGUGACGUGCCUGGACGAGGCUCGGCACGGCUUCGAGACCGGCGAUUUCGUCACCUUCACCGAGGUGGAGGGGAUGGAGGAGCUGAACAGCUGCGGCCCCGUCGAGAUCCGCGUCCUCGGGCCCUACACCUUCAGCAUCGGGGACACCAGCGGCUUCGGGGACUACGUGAGGGGGGGGAUCGUCACCCAGGUCAAGAUGCCCAAGCACAUCCGCUUCAAGCGGCUGCGGGAGGCACUGGUGGAGCCGGAGCUGAUGAUCACCGACUUCGGGAAGGCCGAGAGACCUCCCAUGAUGCACUGGGGCUGGCAGGCCCUGCACCGCUUCAUCCGCCAACAUGGCCGCCCGCCUCGGCCCCGCCACCAGGGUGACGCGGCCGAGGUGGUGGCCUUGACCCGGGAGGUGGCCCCGGGGGCGGAGCUGGACGAGGACCUCCUACGGGAAUUGGCCUUCCAGGCCACCGGUGACCUGGCACCCGUCAACGCCUUCAUCGGGGGGUUGGCAGCCCAGGAGGUCAUGAAGGCGGUGUCGGGGAAGUUCACGCCCAUCACCCAAUGGCUCUACUUCGACGCCUUGGAGUGUCUCCCCGAGGAGAACAAGGAGACGGUUCUUACCGAGGAGCAGUGUCGCCCGCGCAACAGCCGCUACGACGGGCAGAUCGCCGUCUUCGGGGCGGAGCUGCAGGCCAAGCUGGGCGCCCAGAAGUACUUCGUGGUGGGGGCGGGGGCCAUCGGCUGCGAGCUGCUGAAGAACUUCGCCAUGGUGGGACUCGGCUGCGGCCCCGAGGGUUGCGUUACCGUCACCGACAUGGACACCAUCGAGAAGUCCAACCUCAACCGCCAGUUCCUCUUCCGGCCCUGGGAUGUGACGGUGAGGGGGAGGAGCCUAGAGGGAGGGAGUGGGCGGAGCCUUGAGCCCCGGGCGGGGUGCUGGACCACCCGCCCCGACCGCGUCGGCCCCGACACCGAGCGCGUCUACGACGACGACUUCUUCGAGGCCCUGGACGGCGUCGCCAACGCCCUGGACAACGUCGACGCCCGGCUCUAUAUGGACCGGCGCUGCGUUUACUACCGGAAGCCGCUGCUGGAGUCGGGGACGCUGGGGACGAAGGGGAACGUGCAGGUGGUGAUCCCCUUCCUCAGCGAGUCCUACAGCUCCAGCCAGGACCCGCCCGAGAAGGCCAUCCCCAUCUGCACCCUCAAGAACUUCCCCAACGCCAUCGAGCACACCCUCCAGCCUCUAAUUAAGGCCUCGUUAGCCCUAAUUGAUGCCUCGUUAGCCUCGUUAACGGCCGCUCUCCCCCCGCAGAAGACGAACUCGGGGACCCUCUUCUGGUCGGGGCCCAAGCGCUGCCCCCACCCCCUCGUCUUCGACCCUGACAACCCCCUCCACCUGGACUACGUCAUGGCGGCCGCCAACCUCUUUGCCCAGAGCUACGGGAUCGGGGGCUCGCACCUUUUCUAUACGGGGCAGAGCAAGCUGAUCGCGGGGAAGAUCAUCCCGGCCAUCGCCACCACCACGGGGGCGGUGGUGGGCCUGGCCUGCCUGGAGCUCUACAAGCUGGUCCAGGGCCACCGGCGCCUGGCCUCCUACAAGAACGCCUUCCUCAACCUGGCCUUGCCCUUCGUCGGCUUCUCCGAACCCCUCGCCUGCCCUCGCAACAAGGUGGGGGGCCGCCCCAUAGCGCCCGCGGGCCCUAUAGAGGGGCUAUAG